AUGGCGAAUAGCGAAGAUGUUAUCGUGCCAGCGGACCUGGAAGAUGACGUUGCUGGGUCAGCAUCGGCGUUGCGCGUGUCGCCAUGGGCUGGCCAUCCAUCUAAAGGGCCCUUUCGCCUGUUCGUAUCUCCCCUUGCAAGCAACCCUUUAUCGCCCCCUGCUGUACCUGUGCACUCCCGCUAUGCAUUGCACUAUCGCAUCGCCAUGCAUGUACGCACGGGCGGGGCGGUGGUGGAUGGAGGGGUGGGUGGGUGGGUGGGUGGGUGGCGGGGCCGUGGUGGCCGUCGGUGGGUGGGCAGGUACAACAAGGUGCUGAUCGUGGUGCCCAUGGCAGUGGCCACAUCGCUCGACAUUGCCCUCUCCAGCUUCUCCCUCGCGCUCGUCACCCGCACCUUCUACUCCAUGUGGCGUGUGGUGCUCCCAGUGGCGGGGGAGACGGAGUUUGAGCUGCUGGGCUUCAUCUUAGUCAUGCUGGCCUCAUUCACGGCGGGUCUCCGAUGGGUGCUGCUGCAAGUGCUCCUCCAGCCCCAGCUCCACAGUGCCUGUGUGCUGUGCUUGCUCUCCCACACGCCACAAUCCUCUGGUUUCUCACCCUUCCUCGCAUAUUUGCUAUGGUCACGCCAUCCUCAUGCCACUAUCUCCUUUCCAGUCCUCCUAGUUCCCCUUGCGUCCCACCAACCGCAAGUCCGCCCUCCCUCUACCCCAACAGGCCUGACCAACCUGCUGCUCACGUUGCUGCAGUAUCUGGCGCCCGUGAUGGCGCUUGUGUGCGGCAUCUUCUCGCUGCUGCACGAGCCGUGGUCCUCGCUCGCCUCCUUGCCCUACUUUGACACGUGGCCUCACGCCCUCUGGACCCUCGCCGUCAUGCCCGUGGGGGGCGUCCUCGCCUUCUGCAUGGUGGGUGGUUGUUGUCGCGCAACAAGGCACGUGAGUCUGAAGGCCAUCGGGUGCACGCGCUCCCUCACCACCCGGGGGCAGGCCCUCGGACCAACUCUAGCUGUCUUUUGA